AUACACUGUUGGAGCUGUUGCAGACGAGAAGAGAGAGAGAGAGAUGGCGUCGAACGCAGCAGUGCCGUUUUGGAGAGCAGCCGGGAUGACAUACAUAACCUACUCUAACAUAUGUGCAAACCUAGUGAGAAACUGCCUCAAAGAGCCUCACAAAUCUGAAGCCCUGGUCCGCGAGAAGGUCCAUUUCUCCGUCGCCAAAUGGGUCGACGGCAAACCCCAGAAACCCAUCAUCCGUUCAGAUACACCUGAAGACUGAGGCAGGAAGUUCAUCACCAAGUGACUCGUAGUUCAUUUUUACGGAAGUCUUCCGUUUCCAUCCGUUCACUGGAUUUGAUUUCGUUGGAGUUGUAGCUUUGGCACCUCAGACAAAGGAGAAUUUUCAUAAAAUUUACCUGAAAUAAUGUGCUGGACUAUUUAAAUGUUGCACUGUUACUGAAUUUGGAUGGCGUUUGCCUGCAUUUGUCAGUGAUUUUGUGAUCUGAUAUCUUGUUAAAAGUGGUGGUUGUUUUGCCUUGUUAAAAUCAUAUAAGGUCUUAUGAUCACAUAUUUUGAUGAGUCAAAUAUCCUGACUCAGAUCUUUUAUAUAUUGCUUGGACAGAUAAAUACUUGUGUGGUUAAAUUGGUGCCAACUGUUUUUCCAUAGUGUUUUGAGAGAAUGACUGCUUUCAAACCAAAUAUUGGAACUUGCGUUGUUAAGCAGGCGGACAAAUAUGAAUUAUGCUUGUGAAUG